CAUACACACACACACAUACACACAUACAUAUACACACACAUACAAAACGGAUUUCAUUUUUUGCACUUUUCUUUAUUAAAAAAAAAAAGUACAACAUUUCAUUGGAUAUAGUAUUACCAUAAAGUAUGUUUCAUUUAUUGUGUUUAGCUAAUUGAUCAAUGAUUUCACCUUCUUUUUCAUCUACUUCUUCUAAGAUUUGAUUUAAAUAGUUAACCGAUUAAGAAACCCGUCACUUUUUAAAAGAAAUGAAUAUAAGAACAGAAUGAAGUAAAAUCUUGGAAAAUUAAUUAAAAAUUUUAAAUUUUAUUAAAAAAUGGGAAAUACAAUAUCCUACAGAAAUAAUUCACUUUUAGAAACUGUUGGUAGAAAUGCCUUAACUAUCAUUCCAUUAACAACUGCACUUAAAGAUCCUACACUUUGGGAAAAAUCUUCAGAAGAUCUCUCCAGUUCUAAUAGCCAAAACAGCAAAAGAAAAACAUCUACUAAUUCAAAGAGUGGAAAGCCUAAAAUUCUUUCGAUACAAGAAUAUGAAGCUGAAUUGGAUCAUUUAACCAAUGAACCAAAAUCCUCGGAUGAUACAGACAUAGGGGAAUAUUUUUCUGACGAGGAAAAUGAUGAUAAUGACAAAGAUGAAAUCCAAUCUUUUACAUUACCGAAUUCAAGCAAACUACAAUUGUCUGUUCAUUAUAAUGAUGCAGAACAAGAAAUGCAUGUGAAUGUUAUUCGUGCAAACAAUGUACCAGGCAGAGAAGCUGGUGGACCUUCAGCUUAUCAAAUUAGAUUAUCUAUGGAACCAGAUAAUAAACAAUAUUGGGAAAGUAAAAUACGCAUAGCACCAAAUCCCGAAUACUUAGAAGAAUGGAAAUUCAAAAUUCCUCUUGUUACAAUUCAUAAAUCUACGCUUAUUUGUCGUAUCGUUGGAUAUUUUGGAAGUGAAGAAUAUCUGUAUGGAGAAUCUCAGUUGCCAUUUGAAAAUUUAAAUUUAAAUAUUGAAAAUGUUCUCACAGUAAAUUUUCAGCCGAUCCGUAUUUUACCGCGUUCACAUGAUUUGCAAUUAACAAAGACAGAAAAUGAAACAGACGGUAAUUGUAAGAAUGUAACUUCAAAAGCAACCGACCAAGAUCGACCGUCGAUUUGUCCACAGAAUGAAAAUGCCAUAAUUUUGAAUACACGAUUAUCUAAAGUUUUAUUGAUGCUUCGAUUGAAUCAAAUUACUGGACGAUUUGAAUGUUGUAUUCAACAAAUUAAUCUUAUUGAUAUAAGGAUAAGUAAAAUACCAAAACGAAGUAUCUAUGUGAAAUUAUUUAUUAGAACAGAAGAGGAUGGUUUAAUUCAUAAAGCCCAUAGUGAAUCUCAUCAAAAACAAUCCACAAUCCAUAUAAAUGAAACAUUUGCAUUUUAUAUAAAACCAUAUCAAAUAGGUCAAAUCACUAUAGAAUUUUUAUUAAUUAAAAGAAAAGCAUUGAAUAAACGAAUUACAAUUGGAACAUGUAAAAUAGGUAAAUAUAAUACAAGCAUUGAUGAAUUAGAACAUUGGGAACGUGUAUUAGCUACAAAUGAUCAAAUGAUUACACAAUGGCAUAAAUUUUAUCCAAUAGCAAUUACACCACCGGAAAUGACUUUAAAAUCUGAAGAUUAAAUUAAUUACUUACUUACGCCUGUUAUCCCUCGUGAAGGAACAAAAGCCGCCAACCAACAUUCUCCAAGCCACUCAUUUUUUGUUGGGUUAUUUAUUGGGAUCACUUUUUCUUUUCUAUUAAAUACUUAAAAUGCAUACACUUUUGAUUAGUAUUAUUAUUACUAAUGGGCUUAUUCACUAUUAUAUUUUUUGAUAUAAUAUAGAAUUCUCAGCAAUAAGUACUUCAACAAGUUUCCAUUUCUUACUUUUUCAUCCUUCCUGACGAUGAAUAUUGAG